AUGUCUUCUCCAAUUUUAGGUAUCUCCUUCGGUAACACCUCUUCUUCCAUCGCUUACAUCAAUCCAAAGAAUGAUGUCGAUGUUAUUGCUAACCCUGAUGGUGAACGUGCCAUUCCAUCCGUACUAUCCUACGUCGGUGAAGAUGAAUACCAUGGUGGUCAAGCUUUGCAACAAUUAGUAAGAAAUCCAACUAACACUAUUGUUAACUUCCGUGAUUUCAUUGGUUUAAAUUUUGCUGAUGCUGAUGUCUCUAGAUGUGCCGCAGGUGCUCCAGCUAUUGAUGUCGAUGGUAAAGUCGGGUUUGCCAUUAAGAGAGGUGAAGACGUUAUCGAAAAGAUUACUGUCGAUGAAGUCGUCACUAGACAUUUAAACAGAUUAAAGCUUGCCGCUGAAGAUUACAUUGGUCAAACUAUCUCUAAAACUGUAUUAACUGUCCCAACAGAUUUCACUGAUGCUCAAAAGGAUGCUUUAGCUGCCGCUGCCUCCAAAUGUGGUUUGAAGAUUAUUCAAUUCAUCAGUGAACCAUCUGCUUCUCUAUUGGCUCAUAUUCAUUCAUUCCCAUUCGAAAAGGAUAUGAAUGUUGUUGUUGCUGAUUUCGGUGGUGUUAGAUCCGAUGCCGCUGUCGUUGCUAUCCGUAAUGGUAUCUUCACUGUAUUGGCUACUGCUCAUAAUGCUAAACUUGGUGGUGAUAACUUAGAUGAAGCUUUAAUUGAAUAUUUCGCUGCUGAUUUCCAAAAGAAGAACCAAUGUAACCCACGUAAGAAUGCUAGAUCCUUAGCUAAAUUAAGAUCUAAUGCUGUUAUCACUAAGAAAACUUUAUCUAAUGCUACUACUGCUACUAUUUCUGUCGAAUCCCUUGCUGACGGUUUCGAUUAUCACACUUCUAUCAACAGAAUGAGAUAUGAAUUAACCGCUGGUAAAGUCUUUUCUCAAUUCUCUCAAUUUAUUAAUGAUACUAUUGAAAAGGCUAAUAUGGAUAUUCUUGAUAUCGAUGCUGUUUUAUUAUGUGGUGGUGUCUCAUUUACUCCAAAAUUAGCUAACAAUUUAGAGUUCCUAUUCCCUGAAUCUGUUGAAAUUUUAGGUCCACAAAACAAAGAUGCUUCUAACACUCCAAAUGAGUUAUCUUGUUCAGGUGCCGCUUUACAAGGUAGAUUGAUUGGUGAUUACGAUGAUGAUGAAUUAAAGGAAGCUUUACAACCUGUAGUAUUAAACACCAUGCAUUUACAAAAAGCUGUUGGUCUAUUAGAUGCUGAAGGUAAAUUUGUUCCAGUAAUCUUACCAGAAACUACAUACCCAGCUCAGAAGACUAUCACUAUUAAGAACGCUAAGGGUGAUUUCUUAGUUGGUGUCUACGAAGGUGAAUCUUACAUUGAAGAAAAGACUCUUGAACCAGAAGCCAAACCAGAAGGUGAAGAAGAUGAAGAAGACAGUGAAGAAUGGUCCGAUGAUGAACCAGAAGUCAUUAGAGAAAAACUGUACAAACCAGCUACCAAAUUGAUGGAACUAGGUAUUAAGGAUGUCACUAAGGGUCUACAAAUUAUCUUUAACAUGAACAAGGAUGCUGUAUUGAAGGUCACCGCCAGAGACUUGAAGUCAAACGCUGUCGUUCAAGGUCAAUUGUAA